AUGGCGACAGAGGCAGAUACGAUGGAGAAGGAGCCCCCGAUGGAGGCAUUCAAGCUCCUACCGAACAACACGAACCCAAACUGGAUCAAAGAUAGGGGGCUCCGUAAAUUGAACUUGGGUAUUGUGUUCAUGUUCUCCACUGCUUCCUCGGCUGGGUAUAUUGGAAGUCUUGUGAAUAGCUUGCUUGUGCUGCCCGAGUUUGGUAUCAUCAUUGGCGGACUGGAUCCCAACAUAGUUGGCCUGAUAAUUGCAGCCACUUCUCUUGGAGCGUUCGUCUCCUUCGCGCCAGCCUCUUAUAUUGCUGAUAGGUUCGGACGUAAGAUGUGUGUUGGCAUUGGAUCUAGCAUUGCUAUUGUGGGAGCGAUCAUCCAAACUUCAGUACAAAACCACUGGGCCUUUUUUGGCACCAGAGUCUUGUCAGGUAUAGGGAUGGGCAUUACCCAGACUGCAGCUCCUCUCCUGGCAACUGAGGUUGCACACCCUCGGCAGCGACAGACAGCCACCGCCCUCUAUAAUGCAUCCUGGAGCUUGGGCGCUAUUAGCUCAGCCGUGGCUACUUAUGCAACGAUAGGCAUAACAAACAGUUGGUCGUGGAGAGUUCCUUGUCUGCUGCAGAUAAUAUAUCCGUUGUUUCAGAUUCUAGGACUAGUCAUGUUUGUGCCCGAAAGCCCGAGAUGGCUUGUAUCCAAAGGCAGGAAAGAUGAAGCGCUGGCUAUCCUGGGAAAAUAUCAUGCAAAUGGUGACACAGAUGACGAGUUGGUCCAGUAUGAGUACCGUUUGAUAUGUAGCACGAUCACAGCCGAGAUCACCAAUACCAGGAAUUGGAGCUCCUUCUUCUCGUCAAGAGGUGAUAUGCACCGAUUGGCCAUAUGUGCGUUAAUUGGGCUCAUGCAGGAAUGGGCUGGAAAUGGCCUCCUAUCAUAUUACCUCGCACCGAUUCUCAGAUCAGUGGGAAUCACCAAGGCAGCGGAUCAAGCAGCCGUGAAUAUCAGUCUCAACGUUUGGAACUUCCUUCUUGCGGCAGCCGGUGCACUUGCAUCGGAGCGAUACGGCCGCCGCAUUCUAUGGCUUAUUUCCACGGGGGCCAUGAUCGUCUUCCUAUCUAUGUCCACACUAGCCGCUGGUUUGUUUGCCGAAAAACAACUUCCCGCUGCUGGAAUAGCUGUGGUUCCACUGCUGUUUCUCUUUUUUGGUGCAUAUGACAUAGCUUAUGCACCUCUGUUCAUCUCGUAUCCAGCUGAGAUCCUACCUUUCCAGCUGCGUGCCAAGGGCAUUGCUGUCACCCUUUCAGUGGAUGCCGUGGCGUGUUUCUUCAACCAAUACGUUAACCCAGUUGCGUUUACGGCGAUUGCAUGGAAGUAUUACUGUGUCUUUCUUGGGUGUCUGGUAGUGUUCUUGUGUCUUAUAUACUUCCUCUUCCCCGAGACGAAAGGGCGGUCUUUGGAAGAGGUUGCUAUGAUUUUCGACAAGGAAGAAAAAUCGGAGAAUGACAUUAAAAGGAAGAUAGAGACAAGAUAG